AUGCUCUACGAAUUCAAUCAGGGCUCAACAGCAGCUGAGGCAACAAGGAUUAUUACUGGUACAUAUGACGAGGAAGUCGUUGAUAGUUCCGCUUGUCGUCGUUGGUUUGCCAAACUUCGUUCUGGAGAUAUCAGUGUGACGGAUAAACCUCGCUCUGAGCGACCUAUGGACUUUGACGAUGAAGCGCUGGAAACUUUGCCCCAUGCUGAUCCACGCCAGACAACACGCGAAUUGGCCGCACAACUCAACUGUUCACAUAUAACAGUCGAUCAUCAUCUUCGUGCUCUCGGCAAGAUCCAUAAGUACGAAAAAUGGGUUCCAUAG